GGUCCGGACGAACAGCAGCAGGAAAUUAGUUUCCAAGUCUUUCUGUACUUCUGGCUGCCUACUUUGGCUGCCGAAGGGGCUGGCGCCUUCUACAAUCUACAUAGCCUCAGGAAAACGAAAGCGACCUUCUAGAUCGCGUCCUUUCGUAGGAAACACUUGGGCAUAGCCUUAACUAGAAUCUAGAAUCACAGAAUACUGAAAUUGGAAAAGACCUUGAAGACUGCUUCCUCCAACUUCCUUGUACAAAUGAGGAAACUGAGACCCGCAGAAUUAAGUGACUUGCCUCGACAGGAUAGCAGCUCAUGUGGCCUAAUUUCAGUAAUAUUCUGUUAUCUACUAGCCUUCGUCUAGUUUCUAAAGGACUGUAUAACUAAAACAUUUUGUUAUUGCUGUUUCAAAAAUCCAGUUGAUGCUGCAUCAUCCUGGGAAGUUCUUUCUGAGGAAUAAAGAUGGCUGCUGAACCAAUAGAAGACAGUUGCAUCAACUUUGUAGAAAUGAAAUUUAUUGACAAUACACUUUACUUUAUAUCUGAAAAUGAUGGAAGCCUGGAAGCAGAUCACUUCGGCAAGCUUGAAUCAACUAAACUCGCAAUCAUACGAAAUUUGAGCAACCAAGUUCUCUUCAUAGACCGGAAACAUAAACCUGUGUUUGAGGAUAUGCCUGAUACUGACUAUAAAGAUAAUGCACCCGAGGCCAUAUUCAUAAUAACAGUGUAUAAAGAUAGCCAACCUAGACAUCUGGCAGUGACCAUCUCUGUGAAGUGUAGGAAAAGAAUUUCUACGCUCUCCUGUGAGAACAAAACUAUUAACUUUAAGGAAAUCACUCCUCCUGAAGAUAUCAAUGAUACACAAAGUGACAUCAUAUUCUUUAUGAAAAAUGUUGAAGGACAUGAUGAGAAGACACAGUUUGAAUCUUCAUCGUACCCAGGAUACUUUCUCGCUUCUGAAAAAGAUGCAGACCUUUACAGACUCAUUUUGAAAGAGAAGAACCAAAUUGGGGAUAACUCUGUAAUGUUCACUGUAGACCUCCAAGAACUUGGUGUUAAAUAUUCAUAGUUUGCUAGUAAAGAAUGUCAACUUUAAGAAUUGUGCUCUUUAAAGGUCUAUCUAUAUGAGAUAAAACUGACAACAGCAACUGUUAAUGGGAGAGGUACAACCAGAAAAGCAGUGUGAGAAUGGUUGCACAACUCAAAAAAUGGAAUUAGUGUUACUAAAUUACAUAUAUAAGAAUUGUUGAAUUUGUAUAUGUUCUGCAACAACAAAAAUAAAUUAAAAUUUUUUUCAUAGUCUGAACUUUUAGUUUUGUGUUUCAGAAAGUUUUUAAGAAAUUUCUGAGCCUGUAAUUCCAGUGUUGAAUAAUGGUUUUUAAUAGAAGAACCGCUUUAACAAAAUUGAAUUGACUCCCCCUGAA